AUGCCAGACGACUCCAACGACGAGACACCCGCCAGCAAGGCGGGAGAUUGGAAGCCGACGCCCGAGGUGAAGAUGAUCAACCAGCAAACGGAGAAGGGUAAACGACUUGGCAUCACUUGGCACGACCUGACUGUCAAGGGCACUGGAACGGACGCAGCAUUUCACGAGAAUGUCGGCAGCCAGGUCAACAUUCCCGCCCGUGUCAAGGAGAGCCGGGAGAAACCACUACUCAAAACCAUCAUUGACAACAGUCAUGGGUGUGUCAAGCCCGGAGAGAUGCUCCUAGUGCUCGGGCGACCAGGAGCAGGCUGCACUUCCCUACUCAAGAUACUAGCCAACCGCCGAUUGGGAUACGCCCAAGUGACUGGCGAGGUUAGGUAUGGAUCCAUGUCUGCCGACGAAGCAAAGCCAUACAGAGGGCAGAUCGUCAUGAACACCGAGGAGGAACUGUUUUUCCCUACUCUAACAGUGCAACAAACCAUCGACUUUGCAACCCGGAUGAAGGUACCACACCAUCUACCGCCCAACCUCAACAAGGCGGAGUUUCAACAGAUGAACCGCGACUCCCUCCUGCAAUCAAUGGGCAUUGAACACACCCGCGAUACCAAGGUUGGCAACGAGUUUGUUCGCGGUGUCUCAGGCGGCGAGCGAAAGCGUGUCUCCAUCAUCGAGACCAUGGCAACAAGAGCAUCUGUGUUCUGCUGGGACAAUUCUACCAGGGGCCUCGAUGCCUCGACAGCCCUGGAGUAUGUACGAUGCAUGAGGGCAAUGACUGACGCCCUCGGCUUGAGCUCCAUCAUGACACUUUAUCAAGCGGGCAACGGCAUCUAUGACCUCUUCGACAAGGUUCUGAUCCUAGAUGAAGGAAAGCAGAUCUUCUACGGCCCAAUCCAUCGAGCAAAGCCUUUCAUGGAGGAGCUGGGCUUCCUCUACACCGAUGGAGCCAAUAUCGCCGAUUACCUGACCGGCGUUACUGUGCCCACCGAGCGACGGGUCAACCCCGACAUGGAGGAUCGAUAUCCUCGCAACGCUGAGGAACUUCGCUCCUACUACGAAGCGACGCAACUCAAGCGUACAAUGGCCCUGGAAUAUGACUAUCCAAACUCAUCAGAGGCUGCCGAGGCGACGAAGGACUUUCAAGAAGCCGUUCACUCUCAAAGAAAUCCUGGCCUUCCCAAGAGAUCGCCUCUCACCGUCAGCUUCUAUACGCAAGUCAAAUCCGCAGUGAUCAGGCAGUAUCAGCUGUUAUGGAGUGACAGUGCCAUAUUUCUCAUCCCUCAAGGCUUAAACUUUGUUCAAGCUCUCAUCACUGGUUCAUUGUUCUACGAUGCCCCCGACAACUCUUCGGGGCUGCCCUUCAAAGGCGGCUCUCUCUUCUUCGCCAUCUUGUUGAACUCGCUGCUCUCCAUGAGCGAGGUGACCAGCUCCUUUGCCGCACGUCCCGUGUUGGCCAAACACCGUGGUUUCGCUCUCUACCACCCUGCCGCCUUUUGCGUCGCUCAGAUCGCUGCCGACAUACCACUGAUCGUCAUGCAAGUCACGCUGUUCGCCCUGCCCGUCUACUGGAUGACCGGUCUCAAGGCUACAGGCGAAGCGUUCAUGAUAUAUUGGAUCACUACCGUCUCCGUGUCCAUGUGUAUGACAGCCAUGUUUCGCGCCAUAGGGGCCGCCUUCUCGAGCUUUGAUGCGGCCUCUAAAGUGUCCGGGUUCCUCAUGUCGACACUCAUCAUGUAUACGGGCUUCUUGAUUCCGAGGCCCAGUAUGCGUCCGUGGCUAGCCUGGAUCUUCUGGGUCAAUCCAUUGGCUUAUGGCUACGAGGCGAUCCUCAGCAACGAGUUUCACGGGCAGCUGAUACCUUGUGUUGACCACCAUUUGGUUCCAAACGGCCCUGGCUAUAACAACCCGGAUUUUCAGGCGUGCACCGGAAUUCGUGGUGCCCCCGUGGGUGCGUCCGUCAUCACGGGCGAUGAGUACCUGCAAGGGCUGUCCUAUAGCCAUGCGCACGUCUGGCGCAACUUUGGCAUCGUGUGGGCGUGGUGGGUCUUGUUUGUCGUUCUGACGGUCUACUUUACAAGAAAUUGGAGCCAAGUGUCGGGAAACAGUGGCUACUUGGUCAUUCCUCGCGAAAAGGCAACAAAGACGAAGCAUCUCAUCGUGGACGAGGAGGCUCUAUCUGGACUGAACCUGCACGACUCGAACCAUCGAGGUGGACCUUGUCCCGUUGGCGAGAAGAAUGGAACCACGACGAAGAGUUCCCCAGAAAUCGAUGCUCAGCUGAUACGCAACACAUCCAUUUUCACGUGGAAAGGUCUCUCCUACACUGUGAAGACAUCGUCGGGCGAUCGUGUCCUCCUAGACAAUGUGCAGGGCUGGGUCAAACCCGGCAUGCUGGGCGCCUUGAUGGGGUCUUCAGGGGCAGGCAAGACAACUCUGUUGGAUGUGCUUGCCCAGCGCAAGACAGAGGGUACAAUCAAGGGCAGCAUCUUGGUGGAUGGGAGGGACCUCCCCGUCUCGUUUCAACGCUCGGCAGGGUAUUGCGAGCAACUCGAUGUCCACGAGCCACUUGCCACCGCACGAGAGGCCUUGGAGUUUUCGGCUUUGUUAAGACAGAGCCGAGACACGCCAGUCGAGGAAAAGUUACAGUAUGUCGACACGAUUAUCGAUCUACUGGAAAUGCACGAUAUUGAAAACACUCUUGUGGGCACAACGACGGCUGGCCUCUCCGUGGAACAACGCAAGCGUCUUACGAUUGGCGUCGAGCUUGUGUCGAAGCCCAGUAUCUUGAUUUUCCUCGACGAGCCCACCAGUGGCUUGGAUGGUCAGGCUGCGUUCAACAUUAUUCGGUUCCUUCGGAAAUUGACGGACGUCGGACAGGCUGUCCUUGUCACUAUCCAUCAGCCCUCAGCUUCCCUGUUUGCUCAGUUUGACACAUUACUUCUAUUGGCCAAGGGCGGCAAAACUGUGUACUUUGGUGAUGUUGGCCAUAACGGUGCCACUGUCAAGGCGUAUUUCGGUCGUCAUGGCGCUCCUUGCCCUCAGAAUACCAACCCGGCCGAGCACAUGAUUGACGUCGUGUCCGGAAGUCUCAGCGAAGGGAAGGAUUGGAAUGAAGUCUGGCUCGCCAGCCCGGAAUAUACGGCCAUGACCCAGGACCUCGACCACAUGAUCAGGGACGCCGCGUCGAAACCACCAGGGACCCUCGAUGAUGGCCACGAAUUCGCCACGCCGAUCUGGACGCAACUAAAGCUCGUCACAAAACGGAACAAUACUUCACUCUGGCGUAACACGGAUUACAUCAACAACAAAUUCACGCUUCACAUCAUCUCGGGGCUCUUAAAUGGCUUCUCUUUCUGGAGAAUCGGCAACUCGGUCGCUGAUCUACAGAUGCGCCUCUUCACCAUCUUCAACUUUAUCUUCGUUGCGCCCGGUGUUAUCGCUCAGCUACAGCCUCUCUUCUUGGAGAGGCGCGAUAUCUAUGAGGCUCGUGAGAAGAAGAGUAAAAUGUACCACUGGUCCGCAUUCGCCACCGGCCUGAUCGUGUCGGAGCUUCCCUACCUCGUCCUCUGCGCAGUUAUAUACUACUUGACGUGGUAUUAUACUGUUGGCUUCCCUAGUGGCAGCGACAAAGCCGGCGCCGUCUUCUUCGUCAUGCUCAUGUACGAGUUCAUAUACACGGGCAUCGGCCAAGCAAUCGCGGCCUAUGCGCCCAACGCCGUCUUUGCUAUUCUGGUGAAUCCGCUGGUGAUCGGCAUCUUGGUGUUCUUCUGUGGCGUCUACGUUUCUUAUUCGCAGAUCCAAGAGGUCUGGCGAUACUGGCUUUAUUACUUGAACCCUUUCAACUACCUCAUGGGCUCCAUGCUGGUCUUUACGACGUUCGACGCGCCCGUCCACUGCGGAAGGGAAGAACUCGCCAUAUUCGAUACGCCAGACGGCCAGACGUGUGGAGAGUACCUCGCCGAUUAUAUGCAGGGUCUUGGAUCGCGAACCAACCUACUCAACCCAGACGAUACGCGAGACUGCAGUGUUUGCCAAUACCAGACAGGAAGCGACUAUCUCUACAACAUGAAUUUGAAGGACUAUUAUUAUGGCUGGAGGGACGCCGCCAUUGUGGCGCUGUUUGCGAUUUCAAGUUAUGCGUGCGUAUACGCACUUAUGAAACUCAGAACAAAAGCGAGCAAGAAAGCCGAGUCGUAG